UCAAAACUAAACUUCAUCAUGAUCUUCGGUCUGUGCAUGGUCAAUAUUAUGACGAUUAAAUCAGAUGAAUACACGCUCCCGAUGAGAAUUCCUGAAGAAGGGAAAGUAAAAGUCAAUUUUAAAGGAAUCAAUUUCACUUUGGACUCUCAAUACGGACUAACAGUUCGAGAUGGGGACUGUACAUACAAGAUGAAAUUCGAACCACCAAACAAAAAACAAGAGAGAGAAAAAAGUGAAGAGCGUCAAGGUUCAGUGAGAUGUAAUCGCCGGCAACCUAAAAGUACUUAGAGUGUCGUUGUUUCAAAUAGAAGUUUGGGGUUGCAACCAAAUCAGACUUCACAAUUAUUACUGUGCUUUCUCAAAUGCUCUUUUCUGAUAUUAACAAUAUGAACAGGC